AUGGCAGAGCCAGCACAGCCUGCUGAUCUGCCCGAGUUCGCCCAGGCGACCGCUGACUUUGUCAAAUGGUUCAAGUCGGCUGACGGGACUCGGCUAAGUUCAAAGGUGCAACUGAAGGAUCUCAGAAGUGGCAAUGCGGGAAGAGGAGCUGUCGCAACUGAGGACAUCGAAGAAGACGAAGAACUCUUCGCUAUCCCCAGAUCACUUGUGCUUGCAACCACCACCUCCAGCAUCCCCUCCACAGUGCUUGAGCCUCUAAACGAGACAGGAGCGUGGCCGCCAUUGAUAGUCACCGUCAUUUACGAAUAUCUCCGGAACGAGAAAUCGCCAUGGUACCCUUACUUUAAAGUACUCCCCACCUUCUUCGACAGUCUGAUGUUCUGGAACAAAGCAGAACUUGAGGCAUUGCAAGCGAGCGCCGUAAUCGGCAAGAUUGGACGAGAUCAAGCCGAAGAAAAUUGGAAAGACACCAUAAUCCCAGUCAUGCUCUCACACUCGGACUUGUUUGGUGUGGCUGGCCAAAACGAGUCGGAAAAGACGACAGAGUUGAUCAAACUCGCUCAUAUGGCUGGAAGCUUGAUUAUGGCCUAUGCCUUCGAUAUCGACAGAGACGACGAGAAGGACGACAGAGAUAACGACUCCGACGACGAGUUUGAGGAAGACGACGAAGACGAGCCUUCCAAGGGCAUGGUGCCUUUUGCUGACAUGCUCAACGCAGAUGCUGAUCGAAACAAUGCUCGUCUCUUCCAAGAACCUGACUACCUCAUUAUGAAGUCCACCAAACCGAUCAAAGCAGGCGAGCAGAUAUUCAACGACUAUGGUCCCCUGCCUCGAUCAGACCUCCUCCGCAUGUACGGCUACAUUACAGAUAACUAUGCUCAAUAUGACGUCGUGGAAAUCUCCCAUGACCUAUUCCUCGAAGUUGCCGGCAAAAAGCACGGCAUCAAAGAUGCAGCCUGGCUGAAACGUGAAGAGCAACUCGAGGAGCUGGGCCUUAUCGAUGACGGCUAUGCUAUCCCGCGCCCUUCAGUGGAUGUGAAAAAGCUAGAGGAUGCUAUACCGGGACAAAUACACAUGCUCCUGCGAGCAUUGUGUACGGAGACCGUCAAAAAGCCCGAGGAGUCUGUCACAAUCAAAGAGGCGGCGCUGCUACAAGCCGUGCUGACAAAAAGACUCUCUGAGUACGCGACUUCCCUCGACGCUGACAGGUCCGCCCUGGGAGCACUAGGCACGGCUGAAUCGAAGCAGUUGCUGGUCGAAUCCGGCUGCAGUGAGCCUCGAUACACGAUGGCCUUGAAGGUGAGGAUCGGAGAAAAGGAGAUUCUACACCAGCUUCUUCGCCUCUGCCAAGAUCAUAUUGCAGGCGAAACAGCGGAGAUGGCUUCAGCCUCCACUAAACGAGCGUCCGACCACGGCCCCAGUUCGAGACCGAAGAAAACUGCACGGAGAGAAAGAGGCCCGUGA